AUGUUGUCCGAAAUUUUAUUGGGAAUAACUCUAAUAAUCUUUGUGGUAUAUCUAUGGGUUAAGAAACGAUUCAGAUAUUGGAGUGAUCUGGGUUUCCUUCAAGGUGAUCCAUCAUUUCCAAUGGGAACGUUAUCGGGUGUUGGUACUAAAAUGACAAAUGCUGAAAAACUGAAUGUUUACUAUCGAGAGUUUAAAGGGAAGGCAUCAUUUGUUGGACUUUAUAAUUUUUUGUCACCAAUAAUUCUAGCUAUAGAUCCAGAAUUUGUUAAAAAUAUUUUAGUGCGUGAUUUUCAGUCAUUUCAUGAUCGUGGAAUGUACUAUAAUAAGGAAGAUGAUCCUCUUGGUGUUAGUACAUUGACCUUAAAUGGUCAGGAAUGGAAAGAACGAAGAGUAAAACUUACGCCAAUUUUUACUUCUGGAAAGAUCAAAAUGAUGUUUGACAUUGUAGACAUUAUAAGCAACAAACUAGCAAGAAUUCUCGAAGAUGAAAUGGCAAAAUCAAAUGACCUUGAAAUGCGUAGCUGGUUACAAAAGUUCACUAUUGACAACAUUGGAAAUGUAGCAUUUGGAAUUGAGCCUAAUUGUCUAGAAGAUGAAACCACUGAGUUUACGUUUUACUGCAGGAAAAUGAUAAACGGGUCAUUUUUGGAAGCUAUAAAAUUUUUAUUUUCUGUUGAAUGGCCUGACUUAGCACGAAAAUUACAUCUAACAUUCAUCAAUAAAGAAGUUGGAGACUUUUUCCUUAAAACCUUUAUACAGACACUAGAUGAUCGUGAAGCGAGUCAAAUAGAUCGAAAUGAUUUUGUUAAGCUACUUUUGGGACUGAAAAAUACAUACACAAAAGACCAACUUGCUGCUGAAGCGUUCUUAGUAUUUGCUGGUGGUUUUGAGACAUCAAGUACUUUAAUGACUUUUGCAUUGUAUGAACUAGCCUUGCAUCCAGAUAUCCAGGAUAGAUUACGAGAGGAAAUAUUAUCAGGAUUUGAAGAUAAUGAUGGAAAAUUGACUUAUGAAAUGCUUGUUGGAUUUAAAUACCUUGAUAUGGUUGUAAAUGAGGCUUUGAGAAAAUAUCCACCGAUUCCAAUUCCAAUGAGAAAAUGUAGAACAACGUAUCAAAUUCCUGGCUCUGAACUUGUUAUUCCAGAAGGUACAAUAGUUCAAGUCAAUUUACUCUCACUUCACUAUGAUCCAGAGUAUUUCCCAGAACCUGAAAAUUUCGAUCCUGAACGAUUUAAUGAAGAAAAUGUAAAAAAUAUUAAACCUUACACACAUCUUCCAUUUGGAGAAGGACCAAGAAACUGCUUGGGCAUGAGGUUUGGAUUAAUGCAAUCCAAAAUUGGUAUCGUUAAGAUAAUAAAAAGUUUUAAAGUAUCCCCAUGUGAGAAGACAUCCAUACCAGUAAAGUUAAAGCCUGCAAGUCCCUUUUUAGCACCUAAUGAUGGCAUGUGGCUUAAUUUGACGAAGAUCGAAUAA